AUGGGUGCUUACAAGUUUAUGCAAGAAAUUUAUCGCCAUAAGCAGUCGGAUGUCAUGCGCUACCUUCUGCGUAUGAGGACUUGGGAAUACCGCCAGUGUCCAAAGAUUGUGCGUGUCACCCGGCCCUCAAGACCUGAUAAGGCUCGAAGGCUUGGAUACAAGGCUAAGCAAGGCUUUGUUAUCUAUCGAACACGUGUUCGUCGUGGCGGUCGGAAACGCCCAGUUCCAAAGGGUGCUACUUAUGGUAAACCCACAAAUGAGGGUGUGAAUCAACUCAAAAAUCAGCGUUCCAUCCAAGCUACGGCUGAGGAUCGUGUUGGUCGCAAAUGCGGUUCUCUUCGCGUGCUAAGCUCCUACUGGGUUGGUGAGGACAGUACCUACAAAUUCUAUGAAGUGCGGUCCAAACUCAUUGCAAAUGAAGGGACUACGCACGAUAAAAUGUUCGCAAAUGCGAACUAG